UCUUCUCUCUCUCUCUCUUGUUUUUUGCAAACUGGGAAGGUACUCGUUUGCAGGUCUAGCAAACAGGUGGCAGGAGGGGAGAUCAACAGACUGUGGAACUAAAAUGAUCUUGAUGCUUCCUUGUUUGAAUCGACUGCCGUUAUUAUGUGUAUGGUUCAUUUUAUAAUAAAUCACACCUUGUGUUCCACCUCCACUGAAACACACCAAGGAGGAACAAAACUGACUCAAAAGAGUUUAUGCAGGGUGUGUGAGUUUUUUAAAUCAAGUAGUGACUUCUUAGGAAUUCGAAACCCGACAAUGGCUUCCGAUGAGUGCAUUUUGCUAGAUGUGGAGUUGGAGGACAUUAUUCUUUGCAAUAUCUCUUCUGCUCGGCAAUCAAAUCUCUCUCUGUUGGAGGAGGAAAUGUUUUCAGAUAAAUUCAUAUACACAAUUCCAACUAUUUAUGGACUCAUCAUUUUAAUAGGACUUGUUGGCAACAUCACGCUGAUCAAAAUCUUCUGUACGGUGAAGUCCAUGAGAAACGUCCCUAAUUUGUUCAUCUCUAGUUUGGCUUUCGGAGACUUGCUUCUUUUGCUCACCUGUGUUCCUGUGGAUGCCAGCAAGUACCUGUCUUCUGAAUGGCUAUUUGGCCGAGUUGGAUGUAAACUUAUCCCUUUCAUACAGCUCACUUCAGUGGGGGUAUCUGUCUUCACGCUCACGGCUCUUUCUGCAGACAGGUAUAAAGCUAUAGUGAGACCAAUGGACAUCCAGGGUUCCCAUGCACUGCUGAAGAUUUGCUUGAAAGCCGUCAUGAUCUGGAUUUUUUCUAUGCUGCUUGCCAUUCCUGAGGUUGUAUUUUCAGACUUACGCUCUAUGUAUGACAAAGGCACUAAUAAAACAUUUGUUGCCUGUACGCCUUACCCACACACGAACAAGCUGCAUCCGAAAAUUCAAUCGAUGGCAUCUUUUCUCAUCUUUUAUAUAAUACCCCUCUCAGUUAUUUCGGUAUACUAUUACUUUAUUGCCAAGAACCUGAUACGGAGUGCUUACAAUCUACCAGUGGAAGGAAACGUGCAUGUUAGAAAACAGGUGGAGUCCCGAAAACGGUUAGCUAAGACAGUACUGGUUUUUGUUUGUAUCUUUGCUUUCUGCUGGCUUCCUAACCAUAUCAUCUAUUUAUACCGGUCAUAUCAUUACUCUGAGGUGGACACUUCUCUCUUGCACUUUAUCACCACCCUCUGUGCUCGGAUUCUGGCAUUUGCUAACUCUUGCAUCAACCCUUUCGCCCUCUACCUGCUCAGCAGAAGUUUUCGGAAGCAGUUUAAUCACCAACUGAGAUGCUGCAAAGCCCGGAAUCUCAUUCGGUCCCAGAGCACGAGCCGAAGCACAACACGGAUGGCAUCCCUCAAGAGCACUAACCAAUCUAUGGUCACAUUCAGUUUUAUCAAUGGCAACCACUUCUGCCAUGAGGGCAAUGUGUAGGAUGCACCACACAAUGUUAGGAGCCGUCACAAGACACAGCUACUUCUCUGUCGCUGCCUGUUUCUUGUCUUAUUUGAGUAACACGUGUGCAUAUGCCCACAGAAAGGAGGAUUGGUGAUUGGCCAGUGAGUGAAAUUACAGCAUGCAUACAAGACAGGUUCUGUGCAGAGUUGAAGGGCUGCUCACACUUGCACUUUCUUGUUAGGAUCAUGCAUUAAUUUCCAUUGAUUAGAGCCAAGUAUUGAAAACAUUCAAAUCCCUAAAACCUUGAAGAGCUUGGACACAUUACAAUUCCCAUAAUCCCCAGUAUAUGGUCAUGCUGGCUAGAGGAUUCUGGAAUUCUAGAAUAAAAAAGUACCUGUUCCAAGUUGUGCAGUCUUAUGUUAGCCUCAGGGUUGGGGACUGUGGAGAAAUUGCAGAACACAAUCAUUUGGGGGACACAACACUGUUUCUGCUCAUUGUUGGAAACAAGCAGGUUGCCCACAGUCUCUUUUGCAUUUCACAAAAGCAGCCAUAGGAUUCAGUGGGAUGCAAGUUCUCCUUCCAUGCUGUCCUCCUACUCCUUGUCUCCUGGAUCUUUCCAUUUAACAUCCUCUUCCAGUGCUGCUCUAAUAAGGAUGUGUCCAUAUCUACUUUAUGAAAUAAGAGGACAUUGUGGAACACCUCCACAGAAUGAAGAACCCUAGGGGACAAGGCAGAACAGUGCAGUAGCCUUGUAUUCGUGUAUCAGGUAAGCAUAUAUACACAGAGGGUCAAACUAGACAACAUGUUAAGCAUGCACUUAGAAGAGGUGCUCCCUCACAUUGUGGAAGACAUCUGUUUGUCAUAGCACACAGUUCUCCUCCUCUCUGUAUUUUGCAUUCAUUAUCUUUAUUUGUGAUUACUCACUGGAAGUUAAGUACUGUACUGACAGUUUGCAAGGCUGAUUGCUGAGAUGUUUAUAUCUGGGGAAUUCCCACUGUUAGAGGAAAAACAGGUUAAUCCAACUCCAUGUCUAGUUUGGCAUUGAAAAGGUGACUAUUGGUAGAGGUUGGUUUAUGUGCUUUUCCUCCAUUUGGAUAAGAUUCUAAAUCCCUACUCAGUUUUUAAAGUCAUAAAACACUCACUGUGUUUCCUGAUGAAAUAAAAUAUUAUGUUAGGCCCCACGUUCCAACUUGAAACCAUGCCUUAAAAAAAGACCUUUAUGAUUUUGCAUGUUUCUUUAAAGUAAGGCAGCAAUUCCUAGCAUACUAAAUAAAUAAGGAGUAAACCCCACUGAACUCAGAGGCGUUUAGGUCAGAAUAAGAUAAUUAAGGAUGUGCUGGAAAGUAGAAGACCUUUAUUUUUGCAUAGAAAGAAGAACUGGAGGAAAAAGAGGAGAGGAGGCAGUGAUUAAUUGUAAUGUGAAUCUCUGGAGUAUUCAGUACAGUAUUAAUUUGUGUUUCUGAAAGGUGUGGAAAGAGUUGUGUUUACUGGGGUUUUGACCCCCCACCCGAAAUCAGCAGUAUAAUAUUUGUAUAAUAUUCAAAUGUAUAAUAUUUGAAUGUGAACAGUGGUACCUUUUCAAUAAAUGUGAGUCUAUGUUUACAAGUUUGUGUAUUUUGCUAUACUACAGGUUGGGUUGUGGAUGAGAUAAAAGCACAGCACUUUCUAAAUGUAAUGAAAUAUCCUUCUAUGCCUGUUCAGAUUAUGCAUUAAUGAAUGUCACAAUAUGUCAUAUUGAGCUUUCAAUGUGUUUAAAAAUGAGGAAUGACUGUAAAGUGAAAUACAUGUGUCUUCUUUUAUUUUUUCAAACUGUACUAUAAGGAACAAAAUGCAACAACAGCCAUUAAAAUCUCAACACUUUAAAUUCUGCACAACACCCAAUGCAGUUGGCAGUGUUCUAACGUUAAUAAAUAAAUUAAAACUCUAUGAUUUUUCAACCCAGACAAAUUUUCAGAAUCUGGAACUAUAUAUAUAAUAAAGGGAAUGAAAAUCGGUGAUGGCAGCUAAGAGGUAGACCUGUGAACCAAACCCUUCCUGAACAAAUCUGUCUUGCCAAGGUCGCCUUUUGGGAGACUACAGUUCCCAGAAUCCCCCUGGUAGCAGAACUACUGAUCAUGCUCCCUGGGAUAUUUUGGUGGGUGUAAGUUCUUCCAUGACUUUAAACUAAGGCUAGGGAACCACCAGCUCUCCUGAUGUUGGGGACUAAAGCUCCCAGAAGCCUUUACCAUUGACUAUGUUGGGGUGGCUUUGAUGAAACUCAUAGGCCUAAACAUCUGGAAGAUCUCCCACCCCAAGAGAUUCUUACUCCACUUGCAAGCAGACCAUUGUCAUUUGGCUUCCAUUCUCUGUAUGCAAUAUGGGGUUAGUUUUUUCUAAACCUAACUUCCAAGAUUACCAAAAAGAUUAUUUUGACAAUAAUUGAUUUAUAUAACCUAUAUGUAACAUACAAGUGGAUGCCCUUGUAUGUUAUAUAUAGGGCUCCAGCAAACAUGGAUACGUGAAACUAUAGAUACUGAUCCCACCAAUACAGGGCUCAUACUUUAGUCUCUCAUAAUUAUGGGAGACUCUAAAGUGCUACAUAAAUGCUAAGGAUAAUUUUUUAAAAUCAAACAAUGUAAGUAUUUAGCCCCUACUUGGCAAAAUGUAGGAAUAGCACAUGUGAUUAAGCAGGUGGAAUGAAAUCCUGGGACAAAAUCCUGAAUAUGUAAGGGAAUGGUACUGUAAAUAACCAAAUCCUGUUCCAACCAAAAUUUAAUCGAGGAGAAAAAAGGUACAACAUCAUCAACAUCGUAAGUGUUGAGACAUUA